CGUGGCAGACUUGGAAGGAUGAGGAUGGGAGACAAGUGGAGGAUACAGGAUGUGAUGAGGCAGUCGAGUUGAUUUGUAGUUGUGCUCUUCCAUUGCCUCCCCCUGUCUGUCACUUGUGUGUGUCCUCUCUCUGGCUCUUUUUCCUUACGCCGUUUCCUCUUUCUUUGUCUCAGUUUCUGUCCUACAUCGAGGUCUGCUUUGUUAGAAAGAUAUGGCAUAAACUUUAUCAUCAACAGCGGGCGCUUUCUCUGUACCUCUAUGUAUGCGGUUCACUGUAUAGUCCCUUUUUUCCCUUUAUUUAUCUGUUUGCCUCUGAGUCUGCGUGCCGUCCCCACACCACCUGCCAUUUAUUUAUUGCUGUAAAUUUCUCUUGAGCUUUCGUACCAGCUCUCCUCUCGCUGUAUCCACUCUUGCAAAUAAAUAUAUAAGCGUUUGACUCCCUCUUCAUCUGCCCCUCUUCUCCCUGCUACCGCCACCUCCCUCCUUGGCUCGCUCCUUCUCUGAGCUCUGCAGCAAAACUGCUGCAUUGAGGCGGCAGGAAAUGGGGACUCGAGACAAUAGAAUGGAAGGAGGUGUAGAAGGAAGCCUCUCCAUUUGUACCGAGGCAGGCUGAGAACGCAGAAUACUUAAAUAAUGCUUCUUAUCCUUUAGAAAAUUUUAAUCCAGAGCCAUCAUGUAGCAACAGAAACAGUUGGAAUUUUCACACUUGUCGUUUCUUAGAAACCAGAUAUUGAAUAGCAACACAUUUUUAAAUGAAAUUCACUGUCUGACCAGUUUGAAAAAUGGACUCAUUUGUUUUCAGGUUUUUUUGUGUGGCUCUGCUGUUCUGGCCCUGUCAGAGCUGCUUCCAGUGCUUUGUGGAUGUGCAGGACUUUCUUCGCCUGUGCUGGGGUCACGUUUUAAUUCAGUCCAGCGCUAAGAACAUUGAUGAGUGUUUCAGGAAAGUGGAGCGCAUUUUUAAUAACAAUGAGAAGAUGAUAGAGGCUGCCAGAGUAGGUGAAGGCUUCGACAAGAAGCUGAAAGAGAUUCUACUUGCGGAGAUUAUGCCCAUGGUGCAAGAGUUUGAUCAGAAACUGAACAGUGAGAAAGUGUACGAGCAAAGGUUUCAGACAGCAGCAGACAAUUUCAUCGCAGCUGCCUCCAAACUGCCUAGAGCCUCUGGGUGUUUCCCUCCGUGCGGUUAUCAGAGUGCAGGUGCCGUGUACAACUGCAUGACCUGCUCCUAUGACUCCUGUGAGUUCCCUCUCGACUGUCCAGUGGAAGAAAUUGAAGUAACAGAGAACAGCAGGAGCCGGCUGUGGUGCGAUGUGCCGUUUGACCUGCCAGCCGAUAUUGAGGUGAUCUGGAGUUUUGCAGAGGAGGUUAAAACCCAGCAGCUGGAGGAGUUUAAAGAGGUGACCACAGGAGUGGACAGGCUCUACUCCAUCCCCUCAACCAGCUUCCAGCAUCAGGGCACUUACCAGUGUGAGAUCUACAGCGGCCGCUUCUCCAUCGUUAGACUGUACUUCUACAUCAAAGUGACCCCCCAGGCUGUGGUGGGCCACACAGAGCUGCAGGAGAUAUUUGACCUGUCUCUGCUCCCAGGAGGGCAGUUAGGCCCUGCGCCUGAAGGUUCUCCAGACUCCUUCCUCCCCCGUCUCUCAUUUCUUCUCACCGCCUGUUUAACCUGUUCAUUGCUGCUACUGUUCCUGUCUCUGGGGGCUUUUUUUUGGUUGUCCGUGCCAGAAAAAGAGAUUCCGAUCUCAAACGAAGAGGAGGUGUUGUGAUGCAUGCAGUCCAGUGCAUUAAAGGGAUCCCAUCCAGCACUGGGCCAGAGUUUUUACAGAAAACCGGCGAAUAACUCCCUUUCACCACUGGAGGACAGCAUACACACCAGUAAAUGCAUCAAGACUGCUGUGA